AUGCAGCUUCCGAUGAUUUUCGGCGCAUGUUGGCAGGUCAGGCGACGGCAAUAUCAACUCCCUUCGCGCACUGCAGCUCGAAAAACGAGUGCUCGUUCGAAGAAUCGAGCUGAGCUGCUUGUAGAUGGAGAUCAGCGCGGGAUUGAUGCAACCAAGGAGGCCAUUGAACGAUUGCAGCAAGACGGCCGGAAGGUCCAGACCAGGGUCUUCGCAGCGCCGAAAAGUGUCGAGAACAAAAAAUGGCAAGAGUUCUUCUCCGAGCCUGGUACGAAGUUCCAGGCUGUGCCACGCAGCAAGAACGGGGAGGCGAGUGAUUUGGCCAUUGAAGAGCGGCUGCGUUGCCUGGCCCGAACGUCUCGGAGCGUUUGCCCCGCUUUGUUGACAACGGACACAGACUUUCUGGGUGUAGUUCAGGACAUCGUGGAGAUGGGCAGAGAGAUGGUUUUGCUUGUCCCUCAGGGCGCAGUGUCCAGCUGGAGAAAGUAUGAGUUGUCUGGUGCCCGCGUAUUGCUCUUGGAAAGUGGUCGGACCAAGCAGAACGGGCCCAAGGUCAGGGCCCAAUUGCAUGCAAACGGAGGAGGAACUGUGGAACUCACAGAAUCGCGAUGA